AUGUAUCCCACCCAAAGCCAUGGUGGGCGUCCCUUGAGCCACGAUUCUGCAAGUAACAUGCAUCCCGGCCACAGCCAUCAUAAUGGGCGGACCAGACCUGAUUCUUCGGGUAGACUGGAUGGCUCCCUCGGCAGCGAGAAGUUCGAGGAGACGCCAUACACCAGAGGACCUUCGGCGGAGAAUGGCAACAUGCGCCGCUCGUUCGUUGGUUAUGGACAUAGUACCGCCAACUUGGAGAUGCAGGGCAUGCAUGGUAUCUAUCCACGGAACACUUGGUUCGAGCGCGGCGUUGGAAGACCUUACCCUUUGAUUACGAUGAGCGAAUUGAGCCCUGUAUAUUUGAACAUAAGUCAUGUAUUGCAUAAUGCUUCCUUGACGUUCAGCACUUCUCUUCUCUUUUUUCGAAAAGUUUUACUGACCCGUUCCGCACGCUACUUCACAUCACAUCCACAUAUCGAGAUCUGCCGGCCUCACAGGAUUUCACCAAGCCUCGCGGACUGCAUUGUGCAAUGCACGGCCAUCACUGCAUUGCGCUCGCCAUCUAGAAGACUAUCGCCCAUCUACUUCCUUCCUCCCACUACCUACCUGCUUUCUCCACGACAAGCAGACCGCGCUCAGAAUGUUGGAAUCGUGUAUAUCGAAGAGGAAAAAUUUUCAGACCUCUCUCUAUUGGAUCUUGAACUUAUGUGGUGGCCUUCUUUUAUCCAAUGGAUAGAAUCGCUCAGAGUCGUUGGGAGACGGCGAGAAAUUUCGGCUCUGGUGCUUGCAAAGUCAGUUGACCUGAUAAGCUCUCUCCCGAAAAUCGGAAUCGAGAGGAGGAUGGACUUCACUGUCAAGUUUUCUCGAGAUCCUUUCUCCCCUUCACAUUCACGGUUCCAUUUCAACGUCGAUGUAGAUUAUAACCUGAGGGAUGAAACUGUUAUGAGGUCUGCAGCUUCUCAGUAUCUAUCAUAUGAUGGUCGUAGGUUCGAAGGCGAAUUGAGCUCGGAAGUCACCUUGUUCGUUGAGUACGAUUCAGUGAAGAGACUGCGUCAAGGGUGGUUUGUUCGAUGCUCUUUCUUUUUUGUUGUAGUCAAAUUCACCCAGCCUGCUUUCUUCCUGACUCGGCACAAUUCAGGUCAAAGACUCAACGAAGCAUGGGUUGAGACGGAUUGUGCGAGGACGUAUAGGUCUUCCGCUUUGGCAGGGUAUAUUGUAUAUAACUUCCUCGCUCGGAGGAACUUAGACAUCAUCCAACACUUUGCAUACCAAAACCGUGUCCGUUCACGCUCCACAACCUCCUGCGGUCAGCCAAGCGUACUGUUCCGCAUUCUUGGCCUGGGUAGUAAGCUUCGUGUCCCCCAGAUCGGCUGCGGUGCAAAGCUGGGAUGUGUGGCCCUCUCCGCGCAGCGUGUAAACUACACGAACACAGACGUACCGCCAGGCAUGAUCGAUCAGGUCCCAAGUCACUGCCGGUCGUCCGAGGUUACGUCGCUGAGAGAAGAUUCGUACCCACGUGUCUACCCAGUCAUCUCAGCUGAUGACGGUCCGUAUUCGGGCUGA